GUCAGCUGCUGCUUGUGAGCGCAUACUAGCAGAUAUUGUUGGGACCCUUCCACUGCGGUCUCUGUUAUUGCUUUCUUUGCUGGCUCAUCGGCUGGAAAAAUAGGGAUCUUUGUGUCUGUCCCCGCUAGUAGUUGUAGCAGUCAACCACACAUCCGCAAACAAAAGGGAGCAGCCAUGCCGUUCGGGAACACACACAACCAGCUGAAGAUGAACUACGCCUCGGACCAGGAGUACCCGGACCUGAGCAAGCACAACAACCACAUGGCCAAGGUGCUGACGGCUGACAUGUACGAGCGGCUGAGGAGCAAGCAGACGCCCAGCGGCUUCACGCUCGAUGACGUCAUUCAGACCGGGGUCGACAACCCUGGUCACCCGUUCAUCAUGACUGUGGGCUGCGUGGCCGGAGACGAGGAGACCUACGAGGUUUUCAAGGAGCUGCUGGACCCAGUCAUUGAGGACCGCCAUGGUGGAUACAAGCCUACAGACAAGCACAAGACCGACCUCAAUUCUGGCAACUUGAAGGGGGGCGACGACUUGGACCCCAACUACGUCCUGAGCUCCCGAGUCCGAACGGGCCGCAGCGUCCGCGGCUUCUGCCUGCCUCCUCACUGCAGCCGAGGAGAGCGUCGCGCCGUGGAGACCCUCUCCAUCGAAGCUCUGGCCUCCCUGACUGGGGACCUGAAGGGCAAAUACUACGCCCUGAAGAACAUGACGGAGGCGGAGCAGCAGCAGCUGAUCGAUGACCACUUCCUGUUUGACAAGCCCGUGUCCCCCCUGCUGCUGGCCUCCGGGAUGGCCCGAGACUGGCCUGACGCCAGAGGCAUCUGGCACAACGACAACAAGACAUUCCUGGUGUGGGUGAAUGAGGAGGACCACCUGAGAGUCAUCUCCAUGCAGAAAGGAGGCAACAUGAAGGAGGUUUUCCAGCGUUUCUGCACUGGGCUCACUAAGAUCGAGUCCUUGUUCAAGGACAGAGGUCACGUGUUCAUGUGGAACGAGCACCUGGGCUACGUACUCACCUGCCCGUCCAACCUGGGCACGGGCCUGCGCGCGGGCGUGCACGUGAAGCUGCCAAACAUGAGCAAGCACGCAAAGUUCGAGGAGGUCCUCAAGCGUCUGAGGCUCCAGAAGCGUGGAACCGGGGGCGUGGACACAGCGGCUGUGGGCGGAGUCUUUGACAUCUCCAACGCUGACAGACUGGGUUUCUCUGAGGUGGAGCUGGUGCAGAUGGUGGUGGAUGGCAUCAAGCUGCUGGUGGACAUGGAGAAGAGGCUGGAGAAGGGCCAGUCCAUCGAUGACCUCAUGCCUGCCCAGAAGUAGACCCUGAACACCCCCAACCCGAUGCUCUUGUCCAAUUCAAUGAACGUCCAACUAUCCUGGAAUGCACUCUGCUUGUUGGUUUGUCCCUGAAUUGUCUAUUUAAACAUCUUCUGUAAGAUGAAGACUGAGGUGAAAUAAAAUGAUCUGGAAGAGAACCUUCUCUCCUCUCAAUGCAAAGUCAACUACAUGGACAAAAGUCAUGGGACACUCUUAAAGAAUCAGAGGUGGGACUAAAGUCCUUAAUUGUCCCCACAUAUGAAUAAUUCAUCAUAGUGGACACAUUUUGGACUUUGAGGGGGGGAAGAAAUCUCACAAAUGUUCCCACAGUCGGUGGGUGCUUUUCUAGCUGUAAAAAUCUUUUCCUGUAGGUCAGGGGUGUCCAAAAGGUGGCCCGGGGGCUAUUUUUGGGAUGCAGCAUCAUGUAAAAAUAGAAUUGUGACAAAUUAGUGUCUAUAGCACAAACGUGUUCAGGUAGUUUAAAAUAUAUUGCCUUAUAAUGGAUCCCUUUUAGCAUCUUUAAUGAACAAAAUGCAUUUAAGUGAAGACCCCCCCCCAUCCUUUAAUGUCUAAUGUAUGCAACCCUCACUGGACGAGUUUGGACACCCCUGCAAACUACAAGCACAUUAGUAAUCAUGUUUUUUGUUGGCUCUGAUUCAGUGUAUUUUAUAUGGAAGAAUAAAAGAGCGCGAGUGGAGAUGUAUUCAAGUUGACAGACACUUUAAUUGAGGCAU